CGGAAGUCACGUGUCUUCCUCUUCAAAUGCACUAACUGUAUGUGACUGUUCAGGUGCGUGGUGACGUCACCAUGGUGCUCAGGUAUCUGCUGUCCGCGCUGGUGAGGAAAGCUCAGGUGGUGGAGAAACUGUCGGAGUCUCUUCCGGUCCGCAGCGCGGCGCGGCUCACCGCCCGGGCCGCUCUGGGAGCGCAGCAGGUCGGUAAGGACGCGGCGGGCCGGGCGCUCCGGUCCCGGACGGUCCAGCAAAUCCGGCAGGAGGCCUCCAGGGCCCCGGGAGGACUGGGAGACCUGAGCAGGAAGGCCCGGAGGAUCCGAGACUCCCUGCUGGAGGACGUUAAAGACGGUGUUACCGACGCGUCCCGACAGAUCAAACACAGGAAAAGAUGAUGUCGUUUGUUCCAUGAAGCUUCAAAAUAAAAGUCUCUGAGGGACAAAAUAAACUCUUUUCUAAUGAAAAUAUUCUCCACUAACAUGUCGUCUGUUUCACCACAGUUACAACUGUUGUGAUUAUAUGCAGGAGGCCAAAUCAGACUACAGUGUAUGAUGAAAAAAAUAUUUAAAGUGACACGAUGAAUUGUUCAUUUUUGAGUCAAUACAACAUGUAAUAAAACUGUCAUGAAAUAAAAUCUUAUAGUGUAAUUCAAA